CUUCAAUAUCGAAUUUGUUUUCGUACGCAACCCAACCAUAAUCGUGUCGCUGCAACAGCUCGUCAAGACAAAUUAGAAUUAUAAUUUCACAAUAAAAUAAAAAAGGAAACAUUGAGAAAAUAAUAAUCAUUUGAUUUAAUUUUAAUUGUGCAAAUAAAUUUAAAAAGUAAAAUAUUAAAUCAAGAUGACGAUUCUUACAAAACCGUCGAAUGAAAAGAAAUCCGAAAAAAUUCCCCUGCCAUCGGGAAUGGUUACCAGCGAUGGCCAACCCUUGCCUAGUGCUCCUAUGGUGGCACCAUUGAGUGGAGAAUCCGAUGUUGAAUCUAUGGUUUUCAAUCGUCGUCACAUCUCAGCCUCAACAACGAUUUUCCUGUUCCUUUCGGCAUUGGCUGUGAUGCUCGUUGGUAUUCUUGGCGGUGUAGCCAUCUAUCGAAUGUACGCCCCAGCUCAGCGAAGCCUUCACUACCGUGGCAUGUGUGAAAUUCCAUACUUCCAACGCCAGAAUAUGUCCAUUGCUCGAUUGUAUGCCCAUCCAGAAUUAAUUAAAAUGGGUGAUCUUCGUAAUCUUUUCUCAAUCACCAACGAAUCGUCACCAUCUUUGAAUGAGAUGCCCUCUGAUGAAUUCUUCCGCGAAGAAAUCGAAUUGGAUUUAACCGAUGACGAGAGCUUUGCCAAAAUCGAUGUUCCCGAUUUUAAGAAUGGACGCAACGGACGUUUUAUGCAUGAUUUUAAAGAAAACGAAUCGGCAAUUAUUGAUACUUCGGCAAAUAGGUGCUUCAUUAUGCCGUUGGAUAGGGAAACAACUUUGCCACCGAAGAAUUUCUUAGAUUUAAUGCAGAAAAUCGGAACAGGUUACUAUAAUAUCGAUACCGAUCGUGUACGCAUGAAUAUGCGUGUUGUCACACCCGAACUAACCGACAUGACUUUGAUCUCACAAAAGAUUGCUAGCGAAUGCUAUGACAUGAAAGUGUACCUAUUGGAGAGAUACAUUUCUGGUGUUUACAAACGUGAAGCCAGAUAUUUGUCGAAUUCAGGUAAAUUCGCUGAAUUCUCUGGCAGGAAAAUUGUCGAAUUCAAUUUAGUUAAUAUUGGAGAAAUUGAAGAUUUGGAAGCGAUGCAAAAGAAGUAAUUUCUUAACGACAUUGGUGCUAUAUAGCUACAUAUAUAUGCGAAAUUCUUUUUUGCCUACAAAAAAAAACAAAAAUAUAUUUUAUAUAGAUGUUUAAGAUUUAGACUAUUUUCAUUUUUAAAUUUUUAUUUUAUAUUAUAAAACAAACUAUGAUUUAAUAAUUUGCAAACCAAUCACUAAAACUAAAAUAAUACAAUUUCUUUUAACUUUUUCUUUUUUUAAAUAUUCUAAAUGGUUUUGUUGUUUUUCAAAUAAAAUUAACAAACAAAAAAAUAACACAUAAUCAAUCAUUCCUGCUAUAAUAACAACAAUUUUAAAACAACAUUUUUAUGUUCUGCCAAAAUGCAAUAAUAACAAAAAAACAACAAAAACAAUUUAAAAAUACAAAAUACUGACAAGAAAAUAAAAAAUAUAACACUAUUUUUGUAGCCAUUAUUUUUUGUGUGUAAACAAUUAUACUUAAAAAAAAUUACAUCAAUUAUAAAAUAAAUAAACAGACAAAAAUUGUAUUUACUAAAACUUAACAACCAUUUGUUAAUGGUGGACAACAAAACAAAAAUCAUAAAACAAAUAAGUAUUUUUAUUUUUUAAAUAUAAACUUGUUAAUCUUCAAAUUAAAUGGUACCUAAUGUUUGCUAAAAAAAGAAAAGAAACAGAAAGAAAUUUAAAAAUUUUUGGUUUGUUUUAUUUGUAAAUUUUUUGGUGUUAAAAAUAAAAAAAACAUAUAUAUUCCUAGGCCUUAUAGAACAAAUUUAUUAAAUUAUGUAUGUAGUUAAAUUUGUGUCAAUUUUUUCUGCAAAACAAAAAAUUCAAAAUUUUUCAUGUAUGUUUUUGUUUUAAAUCGUUGCGCACUCGAUUUUUGUAUUCCUAAAUAAUUACUUUUCUGUGUUAAUUCACACAAAGCUGUGAAGUUAUCCAAAUCCUUUUUCUGUAUACUACGUUUUUUUUACUCUAAUUAAAACGAUUUGAAAUUUGUCUUUCUUUAUCUCACAAAAGUAAAGAAAUAAAGAAGAAAAUUAUCAUUUUUUGUAUUAAAUAAUAUAUAAAUAAUUAUAUAUUUGUGUAAGAGUUUUGAUUAAAAAUAAUAAUAAUAACAAUAAUGUGAAACCUAAAUGGUACUGAAUACCUGAUGGUCGGAUGUGAAUUUAAAGACGAAACGAACAAAAAAUUAAAUAUGAAUGGUCUCCUCUCUUACCAAAUUAAGAAAUAAAUUGUUUUAUGAUAAUAAACAAAGAAGAAAAAGUAUAA